AUGGCAUCCAGUGACUAUGAAAGUGACUCUUUCUCCAACAACACCAAACCCUCCCUGCCACAAAAGGGGUCCAGUCUUCAGCCAGCCAAAAUUGAGAUUCUUGAGGCCAAGCUAGAGUCAUGGAAAAAUGCCAACCAAAACAAGAUAAAGAACCUUGAUGUGAAUGUGACACUGAAAAUGGAUGAAUGGGUUCAGAAGAAGGCAAUUCAGACUUGGUUGUACAACCAUGGCUGGAGCCAUAGUCGACAGGCUCUGAUCAAAUAUGGUGGCAGUUGGACACUGAGGAAGGUGGUCAUGCACCAUCAAAAGAAAUCAAUCAAAAAAGUGUUGGAAGAAGCAGGGAUCAAGCAAGGAUCCACAGAAAUGAUCAAGUCUUAUCAGAAGGCCAUCAGCACCAUCAUGAAGUCCCUUACUGCUGAGGAGAUACAAGAGACUGAGGCAUUGGCCAAAGAAUGGAAUGAGCAGCAGCCACCUUGGGAUGUUCAGUCAGAAACUGCAGAGAAGAAAGGCCAUAAAUAUGUCAAGGAAUUUGCUAAGGAAAUGUGGAAGUGGUGUGGUGCCAGGGUAGUAGUGAUGGCAGCAUAG